AUGGCUCAGAUGAAUCUUCCCAGGAAAAACAAGGCAACGCCGAGAAGGACACAAGGUAACUUGUUCCCUGUUUGGCCUCGUUCUCAGUCUUUUAUGAUUAUAGCUAGCUGGAAUUGUAGAGGUGCUGGAGGAAGAGGUUUCUCCCGUAUCCUUAAAGAAAUUGUCAACAAGCAUCAUAUUGAUGUUUUCUGCCUGGUUGAACCACGUAUAAGUGGUAAUAGAGCAGACACAGUAAUGCGCAAACUGGGUUUCUCUCACUGGAUUCGUAUAGAAGCCUCAGGCUUUGCUGGGGGCAUCUGGUGCUUGUGGAACGAUGCCAAAAUCAAAGUUCAGUACUUAUCCUCUAACACUCAGAUUCUACACUGCAGUAUUUUUGAUUCUAAUUCUCAGAACUCCUCACUCGUGUCUUUUGUGUAUGGCGAAACUACUCCACUGAAACGAAAAGGUCUUUGGGAUUCUAUUUCUUCUCUGGCUGGUGUUGUCAAUGAACCUUGGAUUCUCCUAGGGGAUUUCAAUGCUUACCUUUCUCCUCACAACAAGACUGGAGGAGGAAACAUAAAUUGGAAUUCCAUCCAUGACUUCAACAAUUGUAUUAACUCCUGUGGUCUUCAAGAAGUCCCGGUCGUAGGGGAUAUAUUCACUUGGGAAAGAGGAGCAAUUAAGGAAAGGUUAGACUGGACCUUCUGCAACUCUCAUUGGGCUGACGCAAAUCCAACCACCAAGAUAUUCCAUUUACUCCGUUUCAAAUCUGACCACAGAGUCACUUUCUUGGUUGACACUGUUGCAAACCCCUCCCACAUAAAAGUCAAACACUUCAGAUAUAAUGCUGCCUGGGCUAUGGAAGAAAGCUUUUCCCAACUUGUCGCUCAGUCUUGGGAAAAUUCUACGUGGCAGGAAGGGUCCAAGAAUUUUGCUAUCUCUGCUCUUGCCUAG